CUCUCUCUCUCUCUCUCUCUCUCUCUCUCUCUCUCUCUCUCUCUCUCUCUCUCUUUCUUUCUUAAAGAUUUCUGUCUCUUCCCCACCACCGCCUCCCCUUUCCCUCCUCCUCCCCCAAUCAGGUCUCCCUCCCUCAUCAGCCUAAAGAGCAAUCAGGGUUCCCUGCCCUGUGGGAAGUCCAAGGACCACCCACCUCCAUCCAGGUCUAGUAAGGUGAGCAUCCAAACUGUUCAAGGCAUUUUUUAAAUAUCAAAAGUAGCUUAAAGUCCCACUGGUGCAUGUUUAAUCUUGUAGAUUAUUGAAUUCCAAACAAUAACGAGGAACAAAGUAUUUAAACAUACUAAUGGAUCUCAAAGGAAUUAUGUACAGUGAAAGAGUAUGUCGAAAGGCCAUGCACUGUAGUGUUCAAUAAGAAUUAUAUGAAUUCGUAGGACAAAUCUGCACUGAGGGACCACACCUCAGUGGUUUUAAGUGGUGGAAGGUGUGGUUGUUAAACGGAGGAGUGAAAUUGUUUUGAUUGUUGUGUGAGUUAAAAUUCUCAGAAUGAAACAAAAAGUGUUUUUGUGUAUGUAAACAAGGGAUGAAACUUAUUCAGUAAUAAGCUGUUCGGUUACACAUUUAAAAAUCACUCCAGACAGCUAAAAUGGCUUUCAGAAGCUCUGCCAUGGAAAGCAGCUUUCUUCUGCUCUCUUCAGGCGUCUAGGGCCAACUUCUUUUGUCGCUCAGUGUAGCGAUUAGCAAGGAUUUGACAAAAAUUCAGUUUGCUUUCUGGAACUUUUCACCCAAACAGUACCUUCGCGCCAGUCUCUCCGGGCGUGAAUCCCUGCCUCUUACAGUGGGUUUUUAGCUCUGUCUGCCCAUACUGGAUCUGUGCACUUGUCUCUUGACUGUUCAGUAUCUCGAGUCUCCAGUUUGUGCUUGGGCCCCCAUUUUUGUCUUUGGUCUCCUUAUCUCAGUUUCUCCGUGUCUCAUCUCUGGAUCAGAAUUCUAGACUCGUCUUCACUGUCUUUAGGUCUUGUAGUGUCUGUGUGUUUGUUUCUUAAACCGGUAUUUUCCGGUCUUUUUUAGGUUUCGGUUUGUUUACUCCGUUGUCAUGGCAAUGGCAUCAGAAGUGACGCAGGCGCACGUGGCAGCGAAGCUGAGCCAGCCUUCCCUCGGAUUGACUGGCAAGGCUGUCAGAGCAGCUUCUCCCCGCCCAGGUCUGGCGAAGGACCCCGCAGCACGCUGGGGGUCUCGGUUUCCGGCGCUGCAGGCCGCGCACGCGCACUGCAGUGGGUCGCCACCGCCUCUCGGUGUUCGAGACUGCGGGAGCCCGCGGGCAACGCUGCGCAGCAGGCCCCCAUACCUCUUCCGUGGUUGCAGCAGGACAGGUGGAGGAGGAGACAGGUCUCACGCAGUUGACUGAGGGCUGCUGGGCCACCCUAAACGAAGCAGAGAGUUCUGUGUUCAGAGCCUGGUGAAACAAAAUGUGGAUAUGUUGUCUUACUGGAGCUGACAUUACGCCCCAUAUCAAAAGAUGCUCCAGGAGAACCAAAGGAAGAAAAUGGGUAAAGAAGAGUCUAGAGUGGAAGAUGGCAGAUCAACUUGGAGGCCAGCUGAAAGGAAGCUGUGUAGAAAGAUGUCAGGGUGUGUGUAGGGCUCUGGCUGCCUUGCUAUACAGGACAGAGGUAAGUAGUCACCAUCGAGAAAACCUCAAGAGCUUAGACUGUUAUCCAAGGCCUUACAUUUGAGACCCUUGUUGUAAGAGAAUGAGUGAGAGAAUGUUUUUAAGUUUGAGGUAGGGAGGGAAACCCAAAGAUAAGCAGGUUUUGGAAACUGGAAUUUGUUUUAAAGUAGUUGAAUUUGAUAAGAAUCAUUAGACAGUAAGUGGUUAAAACACAGGUUUUAAAAAGUCAGGAUGAAAUGACAAGAAAAUGCAGAUGGGGAUGAAUGAUGGCAAGAUGGAGCCAGGCAGAGCUCGUACCUGACUCCUAUAAAGAAAGCAGGCAGUUUACUCACACUCAGAGAUAAAGAAGUCAUAAGAAAAUGCUAAGUUGUAUUGGGUGGGAGUUGUGGUCUGAGUAGUCUCAGUGUAGAUAGAUGCUGGGACAAAAAGGAAUGGGUGCUGCCAUUGUAGAUGGUAGGGGUGAGGAUGUCCCUGUAGCUGAGGUAUUCUUUUUCUCCACUUAUUCUUCAAAUAGGUUCCAUACUUGAUCCUGAAUAGAUGGGUAUUAUAUUCCAUAUUGGCCAUUAGGCAUAUAUAACAUGCCCUUCAACAAAGAAAUUCAUUUUAUAAAAGGUAUAGUGGGCAAAAACAGAAGUCAAGAUACCUUUAGAGAAUAUAUACUGGUUUAGUUUAACAGUCUGUACAAUGAAAUGUCUCUUUGUACUUAGUUCAUUCACAGUCAAAAAAUUCAAAGAAAACACAAUAGUAUACAUAAUCCAGACUCUGUGUAUUUUCCAUCUUUACAUGGCUUAUUUUUCUUACUCUAUUACUUUUCUACAAGUUUAUUCUGUCUGUUUAAAGACCUUGUUUUAUCUUUUUUAAAAACAAUUUACUUCUUUCAUAACUCUCUAUUCUUUUCUUCUUUCUCCCAAGCCUAUAUAUAUCCAACACUGUGACCCAUUUAGAGGUCUUUUCCAUCUGGGUUUGUCUUUAUUGCAUAUCUGUAAUUAUUUUCUGACCAGACACUUUUUGUUAUUUUAUUGAUAUUUAUUGAGCUCUACAUUUUUCUCUGUUCCUGUUCCUGCCUCUCCCCUCCCCCCUUCAAUCCUCCCCCAAGGUCCCCAAGCUCUCAAUUUACUCAGGAGAUCUUGUCUUUUUCUACUUUCUAUUUCCCAUAUAGAUUAGAUCUAUGUAAGUCUCUCUUAGUGUCCUCAUUGUUGUCUAGGUUCUCUGGGAUUGUGGUUUAUAGGCUGGCUUUCUUUGCUUUAUGUUUAAAAGCCACCUAUGAGUGAGUACAUGUGAUAAUUGUCUUUCUGGGUCUGGGUUACCUCACUCAAAAUGAUGUUUUCUAGCUCCAUCCAUUUUUCAAAAAAUUCAAGCUGUCAUUUUUUUCUGCUGUGUAGUAUUCCACUGUGUAAAUGUACCACAUUUUUCUUAUUCAUUCUUCAUUUGAGGGGCAUUUAGGUUGUUUUCAGGUUCUGGCUAUAUGACAAACAAAGCUGCUAUGAACACUGAGCAUCCUUUGGAUAUAUACACAAUAGUAGUAUUACUGAAUCUUGAGGAAGGUUGUUUCCUAAUUUUCUGAGAAAUCGCCACACUGACAUUCAAAGAGGCUGUACCAGCUUGCAUUCCCACCAGCAAUGCAGAAGUGUUCCCUUUUCUCCACAACCUCUCCAGCAUAAGUUGUCAUCAGUGUUUUUGAUCUUGUUCAUUCUUACAGGUGUAAGAUGGAAUCUCAGAGUUUUGAUUUGCAUUUCUCUGAUGACUAAGGAUGUUGAACAUUUCCUUAAGUGUCUUUCAGCCAUUUUAGAUUCCUCUGUUGAGAGUUCUCUGUUUAAGUCUGUACUCCAUUUUUUUUUAAUUGGAUUAUGUGAUAUUUUGAUGUCCAAUUUCUUGUGAAUAUUUUGUAGAUCAGACCUCUCUCUGAUGUGGGGUUAGUGAAUAUCUUUUCCCAUUCUGUAGGCUGUCGUUUUGUCUCCUUGACCAUGUCCUUUGCUUUACAGAAGCUUUUCAGUUUCAGGAGGUCCCAUUUAUUAAUUGUUUCUCUCAGUGUCUGUGCUGCUGGGGUUCUAUUUAGGAAGUGUUUCCCUGUGCCAAUGCGUUCAAGUGUACUUCCCAUUUUCUCUUCUAUAAGGUUCAGUGUGGUUGGCUUUAUGUUGAGGUCUUUGAUCCAAAAUUUGGACUUAAGUUUUGUGCAUGGUGAUAGAUACGGGUCUGUUUUCAUUUUUCUACAUGUUGAUAUCCAGUUAUGCCAGCACCAUUUGUUAAAUAUGCUUUCUUUUUUCCAUUUGAUAUUUUUUGUUUCUUUAUCAAAGAUCAGGUGUUCGAAGAUGUGUGGAUUGAUAUCUGGGUCUUCUAUUCAGUUCCAUUGGUCUUCCUGUCUGUUCUUACGCCAAUACCAGGCUGUUUUCAGUACUGUAUCUCUGUAGCAGAGUUUGAAGUCAGGGAUUGUGAUGACUCCAGAAGUUCUUUUAUUGUACAGGAUCGUUUUGGCUAUCCUGAAUUUUUUGCUUUUCCAUAUGAAGUUGAGUACUGUUCUUUCGAGGUCUGUGAAGAAUUUUGCUGGGAUUUUGAUGGGGAUUGCAUUGAAUCUGUCAGAAGCACUUCUUAAAAUGCUAAGCAUUCUUACUAAGACUAAGGCUGCUUUGCCUUUGGCUCCACCCAGUCCAACAUGGCGGGGAGGACGUCUGUUGAGUACAAGCCAUGCUCACAGCCCCAGAUUUUAGGCACACAGCUGGUCUGUGCUGCCAUUAAGCAGUUUGUAACAUGCUGUUCAGAAACCCCAAUUAAAUGCUUGGCCUCCUGAAAGAGCUAGAGUUCACACUGGCAGCACGGCCCAGGAAGUUGCCUUCUCGAAACCGGGUAGGCUGCUGCUGAAUCAUAAAGACCUCUCUUAAAGGAAUCAUGUCUCUGCUUGCUUCUAGCAAGCAGAGCCCACCCAAGAAAAUGCUGUUUUAGCCAUGUUUAACUUUUGUGUCUAGGAUUACUUCCCAAGCUCUCUCAGGUUUUAUGUGGAUGCAGUUGUACAUGUUGGCGCCAUUUUCUUGACAUGUUUCUGUCACGCCUGGCCCACAGCUAUUCUGUACCAACAAAACACUCAGAGGUCUACAUUAAUCAUAAACUGGUUGGCCUAUUUGCUCAGGCUUCUUAUUAACUCUCAAAACUUAUAUUAGCCAAUUAUUCUUGUCUGUGUUAGCCAUGUAGCUUGGUACCUUUUGUCAGCGAGGCAUUCUCAUCUUGCUUCCUCUGUGUCUGGAUGACAAAUGCAAUCUUUCCUCUUCCCAGAAUUCUCCUGUUCUCAUCACCCCUCCUAUACUUUCUGCCUGACUACUGGCCAAUCAGUGUUUUAUUAAAAACCAUACAAGUGACAGGGUACAAGACCAUUGUCCCACAGCACAUAUUGGCCAUUAGGCAUAUAUAACAUGCCCUUCAACAAAGAAAUUUAUUUUAUAAAAAGUGUAGUGAGCAAAAACAGAAGCCAAAACUGCUGGGCCCAUAGUAACCUGCCUAUAAAGAACCCUAUUCUCCUAGGGCUCAGAUUUUAAUGUGGGAAACAAGCAGUAUGCAGAUAUAAAGCAGUAGGAAAUAGUAUGCUCAAGAUGUCUAUGAGAGGACAUGCAGGGAGUUUGGACCUUGAGGAACUACUUCAGAGUUCAGUCCUGUAAGAAGUGAAAAUGGUACUUCUAUGGUAAACUGGAUUAGGUAGGGAGAUAGUGGUCAUGUUGUUGAUGGUGUUAGCUAGGGUCAUGAACAGAUUUUAUUUUGAAUUCCUCAAAAUAGUUUUUAGAAGAGAAAAUGCUUUCAUUGUGUGGUUUUGCCAAGGAUAUUGCUAGUACUGGGUUUGGGUUUUACUCUUUUUUUAGGUUUAUGAAUGGCAAUGUUUUGCCUUCUUGUAUGUGGUACAUGCAUGCCUGGUGCCCUCAGAGGUCAUAAGAGGGCAUCAGAUGCCCUAGACCUAUGAUUACAGAUAGUUGUGAUCUACCAUGUAGGUGCUGGGAAUCCAGUCUGGGUACUCUGUGAGAGCACAAAUGCUCUUAACUACUGAGCCAUCUCCCCAGCCCAGAGUUUUGGUUGUUUCAGUGGGAACAACAAUGCUGCACCUAGAUCCUUCUUGUUUUGGAGAUCUAAAGUCCCAAUAAUACAUACUUAGAUGUUAAACUGACAGUAUUUUGGGAUAAAUUCGGUCUGUUGUGAUGUGGCCUACAUAUACACAAUAUACAUAGUAAGAAUAAAUUUACUGAUAUUGUAUGGCAUAUUCAUCUAGGUUUAUAAAUGAAAUUUUCCUGAAAAAUUUCAUAUUCAUCUUAUUUAAGAUUUUUUUAAAAAAAUCCUUGGGCUGGAGAGAUGGGGUUAAGAGCACUUCCAGAGGUCCUGAGUUCAAUUCCCAGCAACCACAUGGUGGCUCACAACCAUCUGUAGUGAGAUCUGGUGCCCUCUUCUGGCCCACAGGCAUACAUGCAGAUAGAAUACUGUAUACAUAAUAAAUAAAUAAAUCUUAAAAAAAUCCUGUUAUUACCAUCUUAUACAAAGUUGGUCUUCCUGAUUAUUUUUAUCUAUAUAAAAAGCUGGAAUUCUACUUACAGUAGUGAGCAGACUGCUUAGAAUAACUGCAUGAGACUUAGGUAUUGUGGGUACAUGGUUGUACUCAGACACCGUCCCUCAUUCUCCUUUGCCUGAGUGUGCCAUGGCUGAGGUCUCACUAUGUGGACAUCUGUUUUGUUGAUGUCCUCUGCUUUUCCUCAGGUCCUGGUAUUGCUGACCUUUCUUGGGUACUUUGUUAUCCUAACCAUCUCUGCUGAGUUCUUGGCUAGACACAGUUGCAUUUUUGUGGAGGCCUGGGAAGAUGUUGCCUUUGGAGAGGGCACUGGCCUCCCCAAGAAGCUCCCCACCCCACCCAGAACCACCUACUGUGCGGCCAGAAGUUAGAUCCCAACAGGAAGUGCCCAGUCAGCAGGAGGAACCCAACCAGGGGGAAGUAGUCAUUAAGCAACAAGAACCUAGCCAGCAGGAGGAACCCAGGAGUCAGGAUGAACCCAUCCAGGAAGAAGAACCCAUCCAGGAAGAAGAACCCAUCCAGGAAGAAGAACCCAUCCAGGUGCUGGAACCUAGUCAGAGAGAUGAGCCCAACCAGGGAGAAGAAUCCAGUCAGCAGGAUAAUCCUCUCAACCAGAGGGAAGAACUCAGUGAACAACAAGAACCCAGCCAGCGGGAUGAUCCUAGUCAGGAGGAAGAACCUAGCCAGUGGGAAGAACCUGGCCAGAAGGAUGUACCUAUGCAACAAGAAGAACCUAUGCAGCAGGAUGAGCCUCACCAGUGGGAAGAACCCAUGCAGCAGGAGGAGCCCAUGCAGCAGGAGGAGCCCAUGCAGCAGGAGGAGCCCAUGCAGCAGGAGGAGCCUAUGCAGCAGGAGGAGCCCAUGCAGCAGGACAAAACCAUCCAACAAGAGCCAGUUGAGCAGGAUAAGUCCACCCCACAGGAAGAACUCAUCCAGCAGGAGGAACUCAUCCAGCAGCAGGAAUUUAUUCAGCAGGAGGAACCUAUCCAACAGGAAGCCUUCAUUCAGUACGAAGAACCCAUUCAAGAUGCUUUCAUCCAACAGGAACUCAUCCACCAGGAGGAGUCCACUCAGCAGGAUAAGUCCAUCCAAAAGGAAGAAUUCAUUCAGCUAGAGAAGCCCAUCCAGCAGGUAGGGUUCAGCAAACAGGAGGAACCCAGCCAACAGAAAGAGCCUAGCCAGCAGGAAGAACCCAGGCAACAGGAAGAACCCAGGCAACAGGAAGAACCCAGGCAACAGGAAGAACCCAGCCAAGAGGAAGAACCCAGCCAAGAGGAAGAACCCAGCCAAGAGGAAGAACCCAGCCAACAGAAAAAACCCAGCCAACAGGAAGAACCCAGCCAACAGGAAGAACCCAGCCAGCAGGAAGAACCCAGCCAGCCGGAAGAACCUAACCAGCUGGAAGAACCCAGCCAACAGAAAGAACCCAGGCAACAGAAGGAACUCAGCCAACAGGAAGAAUUUAACCAGCUGGAAGAACCCAGGCAACAGGAAGAACCUAACCAGCUGGAAGAACCCAGGCAACAGGAAGAACCUAACCAGCUGGAAGAACCCAGGCAACAGGAAGAACCUAACCAGCUGGAAGAACCCAGGCAACAGGAAGAACCUAACCAGCUGGAAGAACCCAGGCAACAGGAAGAACUCAGCCAACAGGAAGAACCUAACCAGCUGGAAGAACCCAGGCAACAGGAAGAACCUAACCAGCUGGAAGAACCCAGGCAACAGGAAGAACCUAACCAGCUGGAAGAACCCAGGCAACAGGAAGAACUCAGCCAACAGGAAGAACCUAACCAGCUGGAAGAACCCAGGCAACAGGAAGAACCUAACCAGCUGGAAGAACCCAGGCAACAGGAAGAACCUAACCAGCUGGAAGAACCCAGGCAACAGGAAGAACUCAGCCAACAGGAAGAACCUAACCAGCUGGAAGAACCCAGGCAACAGGAAGAACCUAACCAGCUGGAAGAACCCAGGCAACAGGAAGAACCUAACCAGCUGGAAGAACCCAGGCAACAGGAAGAACUCAGCCAACAGGAAGAACCUAACCAGCUGGAAGAACCCAGGCAACUGGAAGAACCUAACCAGCUGGAAGAACCCAGGCAACAGGAAGAACCUAACCAGCUGGAAGAACCCAGGCAACAGGAAGAACUCAGCCAACAGGAAGAACCUAACCAGCUGGAAGAACCCAGGCAACAGGAAGAGCCUAGCCAAAAGGAUCAACCUAACCAACAGGAAGAAUCCAGCCAACAGGAAAAGCCUGCCCAGCAGAAGGAAACAGAAACCAGCACUGAAAGAUCUGCUGUUGACCUGGAGUUUUCCCGCCUACGCUUUCGGGAGUUUGUCUACCAGGAGGCAGCUGGACCUCACCAGACUCUGGCCCAGCUUCAUGAGCUAUGCCGCCAGUGGCUGCGGCCCGAGGCCUGCUCCAAAGAGCAGAUCCUGGAGCUGCUGGUUCUGGAGCAGUUUCUGGGCAUCUUGCCAGACAGGGUUCGUCCCUGGGUGGUAGCCCAGUAUCCUGAGAACUGCGAGAAGGCUGCCUCCCUGGUGGAGGGUCUCUCUGACAUCCUGGAGGAGCCAGGAAUGAUGUUGUGUUCCCCAGGUGGGUCAUCAUCUUCAUUCAGAGAGGGAGACUAUAAGAGGUGUCCUGAGCCCCUGCUGCUACCACGUGGGUUGUUGGGUCCCAGCAGAGACCUAAGACCUAGGGACAUCCUUGUACGCCGUGAUACGUCUCCCCUUCUUCCAGCCUGGCCUACUCUGGAAUCUGUACAUCUGGAUGAAAAACAUUUAGAGGGAGAAAAGAAUGAAGAGGCCAACUCUGUCACAGCUGAGCCAAAGGAGUCUCUACAGUCAGAAUGGGACAACCUGGACCCCACAGAAGAUAACCUGACCAGUUACAGCAAGCUGCUCCUGUUGGGGUGUCAGUUUUUCCAGGCUGGUCCAUCCUCCACGCUGGAGACAGAACCAGAGGAAUGUUGUAUGGCAGAAGAACUACCAGGAGGCAGCCUCCCAGACAGUACAGGGCAGCAGGAAAGCAAAGGAAAUAUGUGUGAGGAAGUCUCCAUGGGGGAGACACUGAUGGAGAGGCUUUCAGGGGAUGUUCCUGUUAGUCCUUCGAUAGACACUGCCCAGGAGGAACAGCAACCUCAGAAGGCCCUGGAUGCUGUGGAUGAGGAUUCAAGUCCUGCCAGUCCCCAGAGGCAAUCAGUCAUCCAGCAGUCAGCCCAGGACAAGGCUAUAUCACAUAAAGGCACUGGGACAAAGAGGCCUCAUCCAGAUGACGAGGACGAAGAGGACCCUGAGUGUCCGUCCAGCACCAGCAGCUACAAGCCGCCAUUUGAUGCAGGGAAGGAGCUCCAUGUGGGUGGCUGUGAUUCUGGGCAGGACCCAGGAACUUAUGCUGUGCGAUGCCCUGCAGUUGAUGAGUUUCAUGCAUCCCAAGGGAACCCCUAUACAUGUAGUGAAUGUGGCGAGGCCUUUGCAUGGAUCUCGAAUCUUAUAGAGCAUCACAAGAGCCACAGCACUGAGACAUGCCAUGUAAGCCAGGACUGCUAGGACCCCUUCCAGUUCUGCUUGGCUGUGGUCAAGCACCGGAAGAGUCACAUACAAAAAAAGCCACGCUCAGUGCCCAUCUCUGCCACAAGCAAAGCCACUGGUGAGGAGAUUGACAGCUCCUAGUGUAUGGGUAGUUUUCCCUGUACAACCUGAGGUGUCAGAUAAGGAACUCUGCUAUGAGUAUCCCAUGACAUGACAGUUGUAGCAUGAGUGUUCUUAAGGCGCAUGUGUGGUGGUGGCUUCCUGUGGUAUCUAUGGGCACAUCUGUGUUACUUUCUGGAUGCUCAUGUACUGAAAGCAACUGGAAAUGGGUGUGGCUCACAGGAAGCCCUCAUCUUAGAAACAUACUUUGGGCUAAUGUCCUAUCCUGUAAGCCAUCAGAUGUGAGGGAAAACUCCAUUUCUGCAGUGUUUUAAUACCUCACAUACUCUGGUCAUUUGACAUUGUACAAAGUGUUAUGUUGCCUUAAAGUAUGUGGUGUUUUCUUGAGCAUUCUUUGCCUCAGUUGCUUCUCCUUGAACUUCACACAUUUGGCCUUUUUGUAAAUUGUAAUGUCAGGUUUACUUCUGAAUCCUCAAGAGUAAAAACUGUUCCUGAGUUCAAGUUACAUGUAUUUUAAUAUAUGGAGUUGCUUGCAAAGAUCACAAAAACUUGCUGAUUUUGGACUGUGCGUUUCAGCCCAUUAGUGAAAUUGUGAAAUCCAGUUAGUGGAUGGCUACUGGCAUUACAAAGCAAUGAAGUAGAAUAAAGUAGGUCAGAAUGCAUCAUGCAGCAAAGGCAAGUAUUGUUUUGUGAAACUUCUCAGCUGUGUAUCUGAGAGCUGGCUACCAUGUUAAAUGUAUUUAUUAGGGGUAUGAUCAAAAGAGGUUUAAAAAUACUAACAAAGGUUGAAGAAAUGAUCUGUAUCUGAACUAAGAACCAAAUGUGGCCUACAUAGGUGAUCUUGAGGUUUUGCUUUAUCUUCAGUUUACAGCAUUGUUUCUGUUGCCUUACCAUAAAUUUAAUUGCCAUGCAGAUACAGAAAGGUGUCUCUGUCAGUGUUUGAGGAGGCAAUUUGUGUAACCCCCAAACCAGAGGCUUACCAUAAUAAAGUAUUUAUUUCUUCAUUAA